AUGGUCGCCCGUCGAGCUCUUUGGAGCUGUACCCGCAGUGCCCCGAGGCCUUGUUUGAGUUUUGUCGCCAAUCCCUGCCGUUCCUUUUCCGCCAGCCAUGGUCGCCGCCUGGGCCCCUCCGGCCCUACGCCAACGUCGAAUCGUGAAACGCACUUUGGCUACGAGACCGUCACCGAGAGCGAGAAGCAGCAGCGCGUCGCCGGCGUCUUCUCCAGCGUCGCCGAGUCGUAUGACAAGAUGAACGACCUCAUGUCCCUCGGGGUCCAUCGGCUGUGGAAGGACUACUUUGUCUCAUCUCUCAACCCCGGCGCGACGAACCCGAUCGGAAGACCGCAGCAGAUCCUCGACGUCGCCGGCGGCACGGGCGACAUCGCCUUCCGCAUGCUCCAGCGUGCCCACAACCUCAACGGCAACCCCAACGUGCACGUCACCAUUUCCGACAUCAACCCCUCCAUGCUCGCCGUCGGCCGCCAACGCUCCCUCGCCCUCCCCGCCUCCCACCAGUCGUCUCUUUCCUUCCUCGAAGCCAACGCCGAGGUGCUACCGCCGUCGAUCAAGGACAACUCCCUUGACCUCUACACCGUCGCCUUCGGCAUCCGCAACUUUUCCAACAUCCCUGCCGCCCUGCGCGAGGCCCACCGAGUCCUGAAGCCCGGCGGCGUCUUUGCCUGCCUCGAGUUCUCCAAGGUGGACAAGUUCCCGCUCCUCAACGCCGUCUACAAGCAGUGGUCUUUCAGUGCCAUCCCCCUCAUCGGCCAGCUCGUAGCGGCCGACCGCGAUAGCUACCAGUACCUCGUCGAGAGCAUCGAACGAUUCCCGAGCCAGGAGGAGUUCCGGGACAUGAUUGUCGACGCCGGCUUUGCCGUCGCUGGAGAGGGUUACGAGGAUCUGACCGGAGGCAUUGCAGCCAUUCACAGAGGCAUUAAGCCGCUAUAG